GUGGCCGGCGGCGCGCGUGCGCGGGGCGGGCGCUCGGCGGGCGCUCCGGGGCGGGGAGCGAGGCCGGAGUCGCGGAGCGGUGCGGGACGCGCUGUGUGCGGGAGUCACUCACUCACUCACUCGCUCACUCUGUGUGCCGUUCGGUGCGGAGCGCUGCCGGCGUGUCCCAUGUCGGCUCCGUUCGAGGAGCGCAGCGGGGUGGUGCCCUGCGGGACGCCCUGGGGCCGCUGGUACCAGACGCUGGAGGAGGUGUUCAUCGAGGUGCGCGUCCCGCCGGGCACCCGCGCCAAGGACGUGCGCUGCAGCCUGCGGAGCCGGCACAUCUCCCUGGCCGUGUGCGGGCAGGAGCUGCUGCAGGGUAAACUUUUUGACUCUACAGUAACUGAUGAAGGAACAUGGACCUUAGAAGACAGGCAGAUGAUACGAAUUGUUCUAACAAAGACAAAUAGAGACGCUGGAAAUUGUUGGACAUCUCUGUUAGAAAAUGAAUAUGCUGCUGAUCCUUGGGUACAGGACCAGAUGCAAAGGAAACUUACACUGGAGCGCUUCCAAAGAGAAAACCCUGGGUUUGACUUCAGUGGAGCAGAAAUUUCUGGAAACUACAGCAAAGGGGGACCAGACUUUUCUAGUCUUGAAAACUGAACUUUUUAUAUGUGAUCCUUUAGACAAAUUACAUGUUACCAUUAAGGACUGGAAUCAUGUAACUGUUGAAGACUUCAGUGAUCUCUUCAAUGGAUUGUUGUCAAAAUUACUUACUUCAGUGAAGAGAAAGAAGAUCUUUUCCAGCAGAAUGAAGACAAAAUGUUAGCAGCUGAUUUAUAAGCUGUGAUACUAAGACACAGACUAUAGAGAAAGGUGUACAUAAAAAAAAGUAAGGACUUUAAGCA